GGCAGAUGGCAGCAUGGAUUCCAAGUGGGCUGCUGUGCUGCUGCUACUGCUGCUGCUGAGGAACUGGGGCCACGCUGAAGAGGCAGGGAGCUGGGGUGAAGACCAAGUCUUUGCAGAAGAAGAUAAGGGACCCCACCCAUCACAGUAUGCCCACACUCCAGACAGGAUCCAGACUCCUGGGUCCCUCAUGCGUGUUCUGCUCCAGGCCAUGGAGAGACCUAGAAGGAACCCAGCCUUCUUGUUUCAGCCCCAGAGGUUUGGCAGAAAUGCUUGGGGGCCCUGGAGCAAGGAGCAGCUAAGUCCCCAGGCUAGAGAGUUCUGGAGCCUGGCCGCUCCUCAGCGCUUUGGGAAGAAGUAACAUCAUCUGCUGUGAUAUGUCUGCAUGCAAAAUCACUUCCCCACAUUCCAUGUGUGCCCCCAAAUAAAGUGGUCUGGCUUCUGCA